AGGGAUCAUGGCAGCUCGAGAGGGUCGACUCUCGUUCAUGGUCGGCGGCGAGGGAGAGAUCGUGGAGAAAGCACGACCCAUUCUGGAGGCCAUGGGAGCCAAAUUCGUUCAUUGCGGUGGUCAUGGAAGCGGACAAGCGGCCAAAAUGUGCAAUAACCUGCUUCUGGCCAUCUCCAUGGCCGGCGUUUCCGAAGCCAUGAACCUGGGAAUCAAGUGA